AUGGAUUUGACCAAUAAACUAUUUCUGUAUAACCUACGAUUUGGAAAAGAAAAAGGGAGUUAUACAUUAAUGAAAGUCUACAGGGAUAUCAUCGAUUCUACAAAACUUGUUAGGAAACAACUAGAAAUUAAUGUUUUCCGUAACGAAUUGAAAGCAAGAGAUGAUGAUAAUGUUGAUGAUAAACCUUUGCGUAAAUGCUGCGUCGUCGGACCUAUCAAGCAACAAGGAUAUUUUAAAGUGAAUUAUCAAGAAUUAAAUGAAAAAAUUGAAACGUUGUAUCAAGUUAUGACUUUUUCAAAUGUUAGUGAGGCAAAUGAUAUUCAACUUAAAUAUUUCCAACAAUAUUUCAUUUAUGCAUUUAAAGCUUACGUCCUUUAUUCAAAGCAAGAUAGAUAUUUUAAUUAUAGUGAUAGUAUAUUAAGAAGAGAUUUGAACAAUAAUUAUACUAAAAUAUUUGUGCCUCAUGAAUUGAUUCAUAUUUUCGCAAAGAUGGCACAUUUAAAUUGUCGGAAUAAUUAUUUACCAUUUCUUGAUCCUGGUAUCGCACUUCGUGAUGGAACACUACAUCAAUUGUUUAAUUCUAUGCAUGAUAAUUCAGGACUUGGAUUUGCUCCACCUAUUUGUGUUAAUGAUGGGACAUUGUACGAAUUGUUUAAUUCUUUUUGUGAAGUUCCAAAAAGAAUUAUUGAAGCAUUAUCAAAGAGUAACCAUCGAUUAAUUAAUAUUGGUCAAAUUGAUGAAGAACUUUUUUUGUACAAAAAAGUAUAA